AUGAGUAACCAUCUAUGUCCAAGUGUGGGUUCAUCCGUGGAUAGCACGCUCUUCAACGUUCUGGCGGCGGGGAGGGAAAAGAGCAAGCAGACGCUAGAGGAAAUUAAGGAACUCCAAGAAAGGAACAAAACGUUGAUGAAAAAUGAGCUCGAAGAAUACAGAAUCGUUAACGAGCUUAUUAGUGAGAAUAUAGGAUCCAUGACGAACCUUCUAACUACCCAUAGCGAUUCAUCACAGUUAAGCGGCACACUGGGAGGGGUGGAGAAAGCACAAGAGGUGACAGAAUCGAGGGAAGAGGAGGAGGAAUUAUACCACGAACCCAUACCUCGUUGGGACGAUAAUAGCGGAGGAGUGGACAAAACAAAACAUCACACCAGCACACAUUUGGAGGAGAAUGCAGAAAUCACAGAGAAGGAAAGGAGAGAGGAAGGUGCAGUAGUUACCUGGGACAAAAUUAGUAACCAUGAGAGUGACCAAAUUAGUAAAGAGAGGAGAGACCAAAUUGGUAACCAUGAGAAGCCUCCCCAAAAAGGAGAUGCAUAUGCGGGAUUCCCUUCCAGGAUGAAUCUACUCCAACUGAAGAAAAAAAUAGAGCGUCAACGAUUGGCCCUCUCAGACAUGAAGGGCUAUAAGACGAAUACUAUGUUACUUAGCGAGGUGGAGAAAAUAAGGCAGUUAUCUUCUAGCGAUAGAACAGUCGUAAAAACUGAUGCAAUGGGUUCGUUACAUCAGCAAGGAACUGGAAGGAAUGAUCAUGGUUCUGUUUCUAAAUUGGCCUUAAAUGAGGACACAACCAUUUGGCACACUCCAAAUGGAGAAGACAAGAAGGAUUGCAUUAACGGAGGAGGAAUUAUUCAGCAACUUCUGAUGAGCAGUGAUUUCCGUAGUUCCAUCAGUUCCAAGGGGGCGCAGUGUGAGCCUCUGGGUGAGUCGUUCACCAUGUCCAUGGAUAGUGGACCUAAGGGGGGUAAUCCUAACAAGUCGAGUAGUGGGGAUGAUACUACAAAAAUGAGAAGUGCCGACUGUAACGUUCAUGUAGAAGCAGAUGCAGUUGGGAUGAUGAAAAACUUCCUUCAUCCAAUCCGUUCUGUCGGAGAUUUCCCAUUCCCCUCCAGUGAUGAGUUGGAACGUAGUAAAUGUGGAGACACCACUCCAUGUAGGAACAGCAACGACGCUAUGGGAAUGAGUCGGAUAGAUUCGCAAUACUUUACGGGAGAAAUUAUUGGAGAGGAUAACGGAGGGCAGAGUCUCCCUAAGUAUGCGUGCUUGCAAAGGGGAAAGGACACAGGAGGAUCUACCAAUCACCCUAUUGUGACAAAGAAACAUUUAAGAGGUGAACAAACAGAUGAUCAUAAGUUUCUGGAUGUUGUAAUUAGAUUAUCCAGAUUAAGAAUUAAUGAAAAAUUUAAAAGGAAGCUACAGUUUUUCAACAACUUCUGUCUGUCCAUUUGUGUUCCGAUUUCGUAUGAGAAGGAAUCUGAUGGAGUAGAGAAAGAACAAGGUGGACGGAGCGCCAGUGUAAAUGUUAUGAGUACAUGUAGGAUGCCACCAAUGAAUGAGGAUCUGGAUAUACCCAAUUUGGAAAAGAUACAUAUGGAGGGGAGUGGAAGGGAUACGAAAAGUAAUAGAAGCGGGAAAUAUCUAAACCACACAAAAGGAACGAAUGAAGGAAGGAAUGAAGGAAAGACCAAUGGACACGACGUCUUCAUCACGUACGAUAAUGUUUGCCUAAAAAGCAACCAUGUAAAUGAAAACUUUAUCAAUUGGGGGGAUGAUAUACAUUAUAAGGUGGAGAGACAACUUUUUGAGAACCUCGAGAAGAUAGCCAUUUUACUAUGCGCCAGCGAGUAUGAAGAGGGAGGAAGGAAAAAAAAAAAAAAAAAAAAAAAAAAUUCAUCCAAAUUGUUUACUAUGCAACAGAAAAACGUUACCAUCAUCAAGUCUCUCAAUAGGCCAUUCAUUGUUCCUGAUUGGUACGAAAUUUUGGCGUAUGGUGAAGUUCCUUUUAUAUCAAAAGUUGAUGUGGAAACGCCACUAAGGGAGUUGUGUUUCCCAUGGGGGGAUUCCUCCAACUUGGUGAAGCGUCCACCUGUAAUGGUCUACCUGCAACUUUCCAUACAGUACCUAUCGAAAGGGGAAGAUAAUUGUUUUCUCCGCAGAAAGGGGAAAACUUCAGAGAGGCGUUCCUUGACGGAACCCUCACGACGAGAAAGAGUUGAAUCACGAGAGGAUGGAAAUCUCUAUGGCGAAAUGAGGAAUGCCUCCAAAGAGCACAUUACGCAAGAUUUUGAGAGUAACCGUAGCAACUAUGCAGGGGAAAAACACACACAGGAAGUAGACACUGAAAAGGGAAAGAGAAGACAUGUUGAUUCAUCCUCCGCAACGGUAGCACAUUGCUCCAAUCGUGAUGUGAACGAUGUGCUGUAUAUUUACGUGCAUAAAAUGGUGAAUUUGUCGAAGGAGGCCUUUGAUAAUAUAUCCAUCUGUGUAAGGUUCACCAAAGAGGAAAAGUAUGACUAUAAGAAUUUUCCCCUGGAGGAGGAAAAAACAUUUGAUUUUUUUGUACACUCCAAGAGAAAAUUGAAUGAACUACGGGAGGUGAUAAUAGAGGUGUGGAGGGACUGCAUUGGGGAGGCCAGAAGAAGGAGGAGUCACCAGGGGGAAAAUUACCCCCAAGAGGAAGGUAGGGAUUGCGUUGGAAUAGUGAAUAUCCCUUUGGAAGAUAUUAUCGAAAAAGAACAAGUGAUAUGUUUGGAGAAACAUUUGGAAAUGACUCAUCAGUUUUACGAAAAUAUAAACUUUUUGUUUUGGAUCAUUCUGGUAAGAGGACAGGGAAAUAAACAAGAAAAUGUUCGGCAGUUUUGUGAAAAGUACAUCGAAAAUUAUUCCAGCGAAGCCAAUCAUUCCGUACCGAAUGGAAGUGACCGGAUGGAUAAAUCAGUAACGAGUUCCGUCUUAGCUCCACCGGGUAGCGUUCUACAGGGCAGUGACCCAUCCGAUAGCAACCCAUUCGGGGAGGAAAAAUCAUCCAUGUCCAUCAAUGAGCAAUACUUUAUCUAUGACGAGGAGAGCCUUUACAACAGGGAGUGCUACGUGUACGAGAUGCAGAGGGAGGUGUUACAGAAGGAUGUACGUAGUGGUGCUCUGAUAGCCAGUGUUAUGGAGAAGAGUGCAGGGAUCGCAGCGAAUGGGGACGAAAAAAACGAUGAUCUGAGGAUCGAUGAUGAAGGAAUAGAGGAUCACAUUGAAGAGAACGACGUGAGUGUAAGCGCCAUCAACAGUGAUGGAGACGAGCAUGAGCAGACGAAAAAAAGAAUGUUAGAGAGAACGAAGAGGGAGAAAACAAACAAAAGGGAAAAGAACCCAUCGAUCUACCUACCAAUCGAGUUCAUCAAAGAAGAACUACUUCUACGAGGAAUGAAGGAACAGUCAGUCCACGUAAUGAUAGCAGACAUGAAAAAAAACACAACCAAAAAGGACGACAAGUAUAUUUUAAAAACACAUGUUGAAGAAUACAUUGAUAAAAUAUUUACCAGAUGGGAAAAAUUAACAAAUAAAUUAUUUAUUAGAAAUAAAAAAAAAAUGCACCUAAAUGAUGUGUGUGAAUAUUUGGAUAACAUGUACAUUGAUGACGAUAGAUACAUUAGUAAGGAAGAAUUUUUCAUUUUUUUUCAGGAGGUCGGCAUCGUUUUCGUAGACUCCACUGUAUUCGAUGAUCUGUGCUUACUGUUCUUUGAUAACGAAAGGAAGGAAAUAUAUUUUUCAGCCUUCUCCUCCCUGAUUAUAAAAAGAGGAGUUGAGGAACUCAAAAAUACUGUGUAUGGUUACGACGUUUUGUUGAAACUUUUUGGAUCCUUCUACGAGAACCAGGUGACAAUAGAAAACCUAGAAAAUGAAUUAGUAAAAAUUAACCUCCAGACAAAGAAUUAUUAUUCAUCUAGAAUCAAAAGGUACUUUUCUUCCGAGGCAUUGAGGAAUUCAUCCAUUUAUCAGGGUACUGCAGAUGAAAAUUUAGGGCGCUUUUUAAAAGAGGAAGAAAAUGUGUGUUCUUGUACCUCUCUGUUGUUUUUACACUCCAUCAGAUUUAUGCUGAAUAGAUUCAACAACAAGGAUUUCUCCAACCAGGAUUUAUUUUUCCUGGUCAAGUAUCUCUUGCAGACGCAAUGUAACUACUCGCGAAUGGAUAUUCGCGUCCUUGUGAACGUUAUCAAGGGCAUUGAAUCCGUUAAUUUGAGCUUCUUCCUUGCUCUCUACCAUAUGUAUGUGGAACAACACUCCUCAGGAGAGGGCCUACCAGAUGAUGCGCAUGUUGCACGUAGCGAGACCUUUCCGGGGGGUGAGCAUAGUGAAGAGGAAGAAAAGCGCAUCCUCCUUUGUCAAGGCAUGGGUGACAGCACAGAUGGACGGAUUGGUAAUGCCAUGAUCGCAUCUUCUCCCCGAGGAAGCGCGCUCGAUCAAACAGAUCAUACAUCUGGCAACGAAGCGAACCAGGAAGCGGACUACGAAGCGGAUUGCGAAGCGGAUUGCGAAGCGGAUUGCGAAGCGGAUUGCGAAUAUAACCCCUCAUCAUGUGGAGGCGACGAGGAGGGAGGACAGAUGGCUUUGUUCAUGAUGGAGAAAAAUGACAGGGAAGAAUCACUCCAUACGGGGGAGCCCAAUAAAGGUAGUGACAUUAUUAAGGGCGACGCCCCUCUGCAGGAGGAGAGUACCCCCAUGGGGGAGGCCCAAACGGAUGAACAAAAUUAUGAUGGUACGAAGGAACCCUUGGGAGAGAUUAGUACCAGCAUAACAGAGACACAAUGCGAUCCCAGUUUGAUAAGUGGUUUAAAGGAUCCGGGACGGAAGGACCAAACAGGUGAUCACACGAUUGCAAGAAAAACAUCUAAUGAUGCACCGUCAAAUUAUAGGAGGCAAAAAUACAUGAGCCAAACGAAUAGAACUACUUUUUGGAACGCCACAGAGGAGAGGAAAAAUAUCAGUAAGCCAAGAAAAGACAUAAGGAAAGGAUUAAAAUAUAUACUCAUGAUUCUACAUGGGAAAAUUGUGAGUGGGCUUAUAACUUUGGAAUAUAUUUCUGAGUGUCUCUUUCGCUACUUCGGGAGAACAAGGAGAAAGGAUAGAAAUGAAGAGAAUGACAAAGUCGAGUUGCUCAUUCUGUUCGAUAUGUUGGGUCUUUACACAUCUUAUGAGAUUGCCCUGAAGGUACUGGACUGGUACGCAGGACAGGUAAUUCUAAAUAGGGGAGAAGAUAACCAUAACGGUGUGUCUGUAAACAGGUUAGAAGGAGCAGUGUGGAGAGGAAAUCUUUUUGAGGGACAUCACCAUCGGAACAUCUCCCUGCUACGGGACUUCACAGCCAUCAAUCACGAACAUAACAUAAAGAAAAUUAUGGAGAGGCACUAUCUUAACGAGCACGUAGGUGGAAGCAUAUUUUCAGGUAGCACACUGGAACAUUUUUUUGCUCUCCUAAAGGAAAAAGACAUAGGCAUAAAGGCUUUUUCCAAAAGAAAUAUUUUCACGUACAAGGAUUUUUACGGAACAGUUGAGAAUCUCAAUUUAGAUUUCUCCAGAAAUUAUAUGCGUCUGUUGUUUUCUAAUUUAUUAACCUACGACUUGACCUCCUUCACCAGCGUAAACAACAAGCUUAUUUUUUACGACUGCAUGGAGGCUUAUUGGUUGAACUGGAACAGGACCCACUUUGAGUUCCACGGGGGGGAAGUGCACACUGAGCCACAGAUGGAGCCACAGGUGAGGCAAGAAGCGGAACAGGGAUCGAUGGCCCUAUUGGACAGUGUCAAGCAGAGGAGAAAAGAGCUAGCCAUUUUUAACAGAACAAAUCAAGAGGGGACCCCAAAGAAAGUCAGUUAUAUUCCUUACAGAAGCAGAUUAGUACUUGUGCACGAGGAGUUGACCACUUCCAUGGAGAAGGGUGUCCCAGUGAGGGAUUCAACAUCGGGGGUGACUCACAUACUUGGAACUCUCCCCCUGUACAGUUUAUUCUUUUACAUUUCCGAGAAUGGAAUUCUAAAAGGAGAAGAACUAAUAAAGCACUACUUUUUUAUGAACAUGUUCAGAUGCGAAAUGAGCUCUUUAAAUGUGGAUGAUUAUGCGAAUGAUAUUUAUACGUUUUACGAUUUUUGGCAAGUUUGCAAAGACAAAUGUAUGAAUCUGUGCAAGUGUAGCGAUGAUGACUCAUUUAGGGAGGAUCUUUUAAGGCUGAUAGUGAUCAUAGAUAAUGACCACCAUAGUGGUAAAGAUGCAAUACGGAAGGGAUACAGCGGAGGAAUGAACCCCAUGGGUGGAUCGACUAUAGCCAAGUCGCCUUGCUCACUUCAAACCCUAUUGAAGGGGAAGAGUCACCUAUUUUCGAAGAAUUUCAGAAACAAUCUCCGCAUUUUGCGGAUGGCCGUAGAGAACCUGCGCAAGGGAAUCACCGACGAUUCGAACUUCCCCCUGGGUUACUUCCUUGGACGCAGUCGUAGCGCAAUAAGCCAGAGUGUCGUGAGCUCUAACGUCAAUUGGAACAGAAGCGGGAGUUAUGAUGGGGCUCUGGGAAGACGAAAGGGGAGCACACACACGGGGGAUGUAUCACUUGUGGAGUUUCUCAAAAGGAAUAAACAUGUCGUAAGGCACAUCCGGGAAUUCUUUUACCUAUUUGUUUUCUGUUGCAAAGUAGCGAACAACGAGUCAGUGGAUUUGUCCUUUCACGAGCAGGAGUGGAUUUUAUAUCGGGGCAAAUUCAAGGCUCACUACUCGCAGAGGGUGGAGAAUAAACAAACGUACGUGUCUUCUGAUGGUUUAAAGACAAGAAAAGAGGAUAAGCCUAAUUACUCUCCAUUUGUAUAUAAGGAAGUGUGCAUAUGUUGUGAAGAGAAGAAAUUUACGAGCCAAGAGUACAAGUUGAUGGUGUAUCCAUACCUCCUUCUACUUUGUGACUUGCUAAAAAAAAUUGUGCACAUUUAUAAAGAUGGACAUACGUCCUAUGUGAAGAAACGAUUUGUUCUUAAUUAUGAAGAUAAAAAUGCGAGGAUAACUUUUUUGCAUCGGGUGGAAAAUAUUAUGACCAGGUCAGGCAGUUUUGACUCCAAAGAAUGGAACAAGAUAUACAGCAUAUUUGAAGCUCUACACGUUAGAAUUGAUGAAUUUCUUUUAAAUCUGUGGAAAUGUCUGGAGAUGAAUAAUUACAUCGUGAAACUCCCCAAUGGAGCUAUCCUUUUCAACGAUAGUUAUAAUACCAUGUGGGAUUUGAUGAAGCCCAAGGGGAGUGGCCGUUCUUCCCAUUGGGGAGAUGUACGUACAGGUAGGAAGACGAACAUUCCAGGCAAAAGUACCUUCCUGGGGGUGAGGAAAACAGAUCAUAAUUCUGAUGAAUGGAACAAACUGUACGUAAAAAAUGUAAAAUAUGUUAUUGUCUUUAACAAGCUGUUGUUGUCCGAUGUACGGGGGAUCAAGGAGAGGAGUGUACUUCAGACGAACUACUUCACACAUGACAAAAUUUUCACGACACACAUGACGAAUUUGUACGUGAGGACAUUAUUUAAUGAGUGCAUAUUGACAGGACUAAACAUUAACCGAUUGUUCGCACAUAUAGAUAAAAAAGACUCAUUCAUUUAUGUCCUGUCCAAGAAUUUCAAUCAUAUUUUUUCUGAAGAAGACAUAGCAUUAUUUGUAAAGAAAUACUCCUUCAUAGUGGAUAUGACAUCUCUCCAUUUGAGAAAUUCAUGCCAUAAUUUUUUUUCAACAAAAAUUUUUUUAAAUGACCUGUACAGGCAAGGUGAAUAUUACAAUGCGGAGUUGAAGGGAAAGCUGUUCAAAUUUUUUUUUAAGAACGAAAAUGUAUUUUUUUGCAAACACCACCAGCGCAUUGCGCAUACUAAUUUCGAACCAAUGGAUAAACACCAUUUUAUAUCUUGUGAUAAGCUCAAGAACAUUUUGUCCUUGCAUGGUUUGUUUCUUUCAUGGGCUGAGUUGUACGACUUUUUCCAGCCGCUCAACAAAUUCUGCGUCAUUUACGAUUCUAAGAAGUUUGAGCUACACGAGGCGGGGAAACCGGGCCCAUACAUCUUGAAGGCGUACAUCAACCUGCCGAAUUUGUUGCGCUUAGCGGGGCAGGAGGCACAAAGGGGAGUGGAAAGGCACAAAGAGGGGGAGGUGUGGAACAAAAAGGGGGCGAAAUACCCAUCCAAAGAUAACCUCAAGAAAGAGAAAGAUGUGGAAAAAUCUGGAUCAAAAAAUGAUUUUCACAAAAAAGACAGCUACACGGAAAAGAUGCCCCCAAGCGACCCCCACUUGUCGUCUUGCAAAUUUGGAAGUAGGAUCUUCUCGGGGAUGGCCCCAUCUAAAAAAGAACCACCACGAAAGACAACCACAAAGGGGAGAAAAGCAAAGGAAGAAGAACCAAAAAAAAUACUUCAUCUUGACAGUGAAGCGGUGUACACAAAUUUAACAAAAACGAAAGGGCUACUUAGGACAUACUUCUACGACUUUCGUUUUAACAGCCUAACCAUGGGAAGAAUUUUAUUUUUUUUUUUCAUCAAGCUAGCCAAUUUGAAGUCGAAAAGCGAUCUCACACAUGGGCAAAUGUAUUAUGGGAUAAAAUGUGCAGGGAAAAAGGAUAUCGUAAAGGAAGAAAUGAAAAAUGCAUGCCACCUGUUGCUCAACAUGGAUGAAAAUAAGUUAAACUCCAUCAUACCAGAUGACUUUGUUUUGAAAAAAAAAGAGUUUCUAAAUGGUGUUCAUUUAAAUUUAUUCCUUCUCAGAGAUAGGUUGGACUUCUUAUUCGGAGAGGAUCAUUCCUCACCAAUUCAUGUGCAUCAGUUUGUUCAUUUUUUCGACACAGAGAAAGGUGCAAUCUCCUUUUCGAAUUACAGAUUCGUAUACAACUUUGCCUACGAGUGGGUAAAUCUCAUGCACAUGAAGGAUGAAUAUGUCAGUAGGGAGUAUUGUGAGGCGUUGCUUGCAGAGUUUCGCUUGCCUGACAUGGCGGAUGAUAGCGAUGGGGAUGAAUCCAAUGUGAAGAAAAAAAAAGAAAAUUUUCAAAACGGAGCAGAGACCAUGGCACAGAAUGAGAAGCUUGUAUUGCGGAGUCUCCCGGAGAGAGAAGCUACUCCUAGUAACUCCAGUCCGAGUUGCGCCAAUCUGCAUGACCCAUUAAAAGACAACCGAAAAAAUCCCCCCGUAAGGGAACCUCUUUCGAAAGACGAACUUGUGAAGAUGUUCGAAAAGAACAUAAAAGGAAAGUGGAAGAAAAUACUCCUGCCGAUUUUUCAGCGCAAGGAUUUCUAUGUACAUCGAUUUAGGAUUAAAAUAAAGGAGUUUACAGGGUUGAAAUCUUUUGUGCGCAAAAUGGAAAACAAAAAGUGGGGAGGGGGGGAGCCCAACGUGGAUAAUAAAUCUAUCCAUUCGAAUCGAUCAAACCGGCCGAAUCGACCGAAACAGGUUAGCGCUCCUAUCUCACUCAGCUACUUUUGUUGUUUUGCCAUGAAAGAAAUCGUGAUCGAAAACAUAUAUGCAGAGAGUACUAUACCCCUUGGAGGAGAAACAAAAAAAGGUGGCGAUUGCCUGCAUGCGAAUUAUCUCUUCGAGCACACCUUCUCAACCAUAAGGGAAAAAGACAUAAUUACGCUCUUCGAACAUAAUAAGAAAAUCUUCAAGCUGAAAUUGCUCCAGGAAGGGAACAUCAUAGCGGAAGCAGAUCUACACAUUCUGGAGAUGUUUUCGAUCAUGCGGAAUGAGGAAAAGAAGAGCCACAAGAUUUUAUGUUUUAUUCCUACCGAUGCUGAUAAUAAGAACAUUAUCUUUUUAGAUGUAGACAUGUAUUAUGAGAGGACGGAAAAGGGCUCAGGUGAUCCCAUAUUUGAAACUAGCCAUAGAGUAGUUAGCCCCAAUUUCUGCGUUGAACAACCAGCCCAAGAGAAUCCCCAUCAGAUGAACUUAGCAAAAUCAAAUUCAUCCAUCCUACGUAUAUCUGAAAAAAGCUCUUCUAAUAAAAAGGAAUUAAUAAAAAGAAACCAAUCUGGAUUAAGUAACAAUUGGUUUGAUGAUAAAUCGGCUCAUCGCGCAAACCAUUGUAUGCAUCAGGAAGAUAAAUCCACCUUAAUCCACAGAAGGACCAAUUGUACUCUUGUUGAUAGCCGACAGAGGAGAGACGGAUUGACAUCCUCACCUGUGGUGCACCCACGGGUAACAAACGGAACCACCCAAAUGAUGCGUAGGUGCAGUGGAGAAUACGUUUGGUUUAGAAAUGGCCGAGAGGUUCUUUUGGCAAAUCAUGGAGGAGCAAUUGUCACACAUGGUGAUGGUGCCAACAAGACCAACUGUAUGGAUGAAAGCAUCUGUACCGAGUCAAAAUCGAUCAUCCCGGUUGAUGAUAUAUUGGGGGUACACACCUGCAGAGAGAACCCCAACGGAAAGCAUAGUAGUAGAGCCGAGUAUCAAAUGAAAGAUAAGGACGGAAAUGUGAACAGAUGGAAAAAGGAUAUCAGCCACAUCUACCUAACCAUUAAUCGGAUAAUCCUUCCAACAUACGUAAUUAGAAAAAUGCUUAAUAGAAUAAGUGGAAAUGAAAAUGUAGACCGGCGGGGUGACGAUGUAUUUGUAGCUGUUUACGUGGAGGUGUAUCAGAGGAUGGACCCCUCACAUGGGAGUGGCAGUAUCCACAGUAGAGGCGAUGGGAUGUACGAGUUGCUCUCCCGAUCCAUUCCACAAAUGGUCAAUUGGGAAGAGGGAGACACCUCCCCAGAGGGUAGCGAUGAAAGUUUAGAAAGUUGCUGCGAAGACGGCGGCGGUGGGGAUUAUGAAAGUCAUGUCGAUAAUGGAGCAGUGGGCAGAGAGAGUAGUCGACCAAACGGUACAUCACCUGAUGGAGAUAGGGGAAAACUUCACCACAUAAAUACAAAUCUCGGUGAGCAGAUGCAUCCUUUCACGGAUGAAUCACAUUCAGCAAGCAAGAAACUACAAAAGGAGAAGGAGGAGAAAAAAAAAAAAAAAAAAAAAAAAUUGUCAGGAAAACGCUUAAGAAUAUACAACUUGAAGAUAAAGCAUAGGGAAAUUAUCAAAACGGAGAGCAGUCCAUACGUGGAGGGGAAGAUAACUGUGAAGGCUCUGAUUUCACUUAAUCAGAUUUCUGAGGAUGUCACAAUUGGAGAGAACUUUUUUAAGAUAAAAAAUAUUUUACACGAAAAUGAUGAUAUAGUAUUGUGCUGGGAGAGCUUGUUUCAUGGUAUUUAUGGAGAAAAUACACUUUUUGACGAAAAGGAGGAAAGGAAAAUGCUAAUGGACAACUCAGAUGGAAGGAUGGGUUCUUCUACUGAUCAGGUUAUAAGGAGGAACAAAGUCCAAAUGGUGAAAUAUCCCAAGGAGGAAGUUGAAAAUUUAGCAAUCGUACCACAUAUAGAUGAUGACAAAAGGGAGAAUGAUGAAACGAUACUUGGGAAAAAAUCUUCUUUAGAAAAAAAAAAAAAAAAGGAAAAUUCUAUCGUACAGUUCGAUAGCGCAAAUGCGAAUGGGAGAGACGGAAGAGAGAAACAACCCCUUGGCUAUGUGUCAUUUGAAUAUGAAAUAAAAAGGACAGAAGAUGAAAAGAAUUACGAGAAGAGAGAUUACUUUGUAAUACCCAAUUUUGUAAAAAUUUAUUUUCUAAAAAAAAAUAAAAAAAAUGAUCAUCUAUUGAACGAAAAAAAUGACUUGUUGAGAAAAACAGUUUUGGACAAAUUAUUUGGAGAUGUACUGAGGAAGAUCAAUUACAGAAAAUAUGUAAAGGUAGAUACUCUCUUGGAUGCACUGAAUAAUUCAAUCUAUUUCAAUUACAUGGACUACGUUAUCAGACUGUUUCGACAUUAUGUGGGUGGGGACAUGUCGUUAUUCUUUCCUGUGGAAAAUAUUUUAUUAAUUUUAGCCUUAAGGAAAUUGUCCUCUCAUUUUUCCAACGUGAUGAUGCAUUUAUGUAAGGAGGUUCAUCAGCUUGACGGAGAUGUCAACUCUUUGGGUGUGGUAGAAUGGUCUCAUUUCAUCAAGUGUAUGUUGAAAGCCCAGUGUGGUUCCACUAAAGGGGGAGAUGUAACAGAAGGUAGAAGCACUAAAAAUGUUAAGCGUGAAAUGCCUGUAAGAGCAUCGAAGCAGAAUCGACAUGACAAAUUCUACCAUAAACGGAACAAAUGGGAAGGGCAUAAAAUGAAGAUUUUUUCUUCAACAUCAUCUUGCGUAUCCUCCUUUUCUGCCUUCACCCAAGGAGAUACAGGAAAUGACACUUCUUCUACGGUCUCUUCAACAGAUUUGCACAUGGAAGGAGAAACUUCUCUACAAGUGAAGCAUAGGAUGAAGGAAGUAAAACCCCUCAGUCAGAGAGACUGGUGUUUGUUGAACCAAUGGGAAAAGUGGCACCUUCACAAAAACGGCAAGAGCUUCUUCUUCCUUUUGUUGUUCCUAGAUGAUAUGCUUAUUUUUUACAGAGAAAAUAAACACGCAGUGAAGAAAGACGAAAUGCAUAUAUCGCUACCCCACACGUGCGGUCAUGCCCAGGUGAAGAACAAAGAGUGCCCUCUCCAUAUAUCGCACUAUUUCAGUGAACUGAAAAAUGGUUUAACGAGGAAACGUGGAUUUUCUAAUGGGAAGGUGUGCGGUGAGGUGGGAUAUUCGCCGUGCGACAUAAGUGCAAACAGAAACUGUUCGAAAAAUUGGUUGCGUUGUUGGGGCAACCACGGAGGAGACAUAGAUCAUGCACAACGGUAUGCACUAAAGACAUGCAACCAUAGUGGAAACCAUUUCGAAUCUUCUGCUCGUUAUGCACACAGAAGAAGAACGACCCUGAGCAAACACCGCAGUAGUGAUGCAUCCCCCGAAGAGAUGUACAGAAGAAGCACAAGUGCAUCCAAUCUUCUACUUGCACGUGAGCAAAAGGGUAAGAAGAGAACCUCCAUAUAUCAUUACAACCUUUUAAGAGAUGAAUCGAGGAUCCCCCCAGUGAAGGAUCCAAGUGAUGAGGAAUGCACAAAUGGAGUUAACGGAUUUACAGUGCUAGGUAGGGAUAACAAAUCAGACAAUUUGUAUUUCUUGCAAGGUGAAAAUGAAGACACGGUUAUUCAAAUGGACAGAAGGAAUAAAGGAAAGGUUGACUCUUCUCCCUAUAGACUUUACGUCAAGGUGAAAAAAUUACUUAACGCGGUGACAUUAGUAAAGCAAAAGAUGGCAAUGACAUUCCAAAUAGUGUUGAGCAAUUACGACUGGAUGCAAGCGGAUCAUAUGCCCCCCUAUUUUGUUACCCCCCAAGAUGGCUAUAUUAUCAAUAAAAUUCAGGCGGUAAGUAGGCCCCUUUCGAAUAACCCCCAUUCGGGUAUUAAAACGGUAGUUGUUCUGACACUUCCAACAUAUGAGGAAAUGAGAAAUCUAUCCACCGCCAUGGUAACGAACAAUACAGCAAGUCUUCCUGAUUUUCUAUUCAAGGGAAAUGGUAAAAGGGGCACAUCUUAUGCCCUCUUGAAAAUGUGCUUGCAGAAUUUGUCUCUCCAAAUAUCUUUUUAUGAUAUCCCAUUUGGGAGCGACAUUUUGUCGGGAGAGUUACAUACCAAUGACGACCUCCUAGGGUGUAGCAUCUACCCGCAGAAACCACAAAAGUGGAGAACGAACAAGACCCUCGUUGCUAGCACGUUCAUUCCGCUAACUGUUCUUUUGAAAAACCAUAAGACCAAGGUUAGGGCGCCUCUGGUUGUUUCUCCAUUUUGCAACCGUCCAGCAAGACGAAGCGACAUGGAGGUGGAAAUUCUCCUUAAGUAUGAGAGGGUGGACAUUAGAGGCGUGGAACAGAACGACGUACAUACAGUUGUGAAAAAGAAUGGGCAGAAAUUUAUGCAAAAGAACGCGCAUAAUUUUAUGCAAAAGCAUGCACACAAUUUUGUGCAGACGAAAUUCAUCCAGGCGAAACCCACGGAGGACAAAUCCCAGCUGCUCAAGUCCAAGAUCGAGACGUGGGCGCACGGAAACUUCUAUGGGAAGGAAAAAACACCCGAAUAUUGCAUCGUACCUGACGGUUUAAAUGUCGACUCCUCUGCAGAAACGCAAUCAGGGUUCCGCUUAAGUGACGACUUGGACCUGUCGGGGGGACACAACUCGCUUGACUUCUCUAAUAUUCCCCUACUAAUCCUUCCGAAGAUCCCCCCGCCCAUAUCGUAG